GGCUUGUGUUUUGCUAUUGCUGUCAAAUGAUACUUUUGUAGCGUUGUGGCAUUUUCUUUCCUUCUGUACGCAAAAUGGGAAAAAAUUGAAGUAAAAUGGUGAAAACUGAGAGUUGUGCAUUAUGUUUCACCAGUAAAUCGAAAUGGUUUCUGGAUAUUUACAGCGAGGGAAAUCAGUCAAUGAAUAUUUCAACCAUCAUUUCAAAACAUCUUUGGUUCGACUUGAAACCUUGCGACCAGUGUUAUGUCUGUGCUGAUUGCUGGAAAAAUAUUUAUGAUUUUCAUUUGUUUUACUGCAAAUUGGAGAAACUACACCUAGAAACAAACGAUCUCGAUUCUCGAACUGUGCAGGUGAAUGUACAACCAGGUAACACAUUUAUCUUGGUAGAUUUUGAGUUUCAUCCUAUCGACGAAGUGAAAAUCGAGCCGCCUGAUGAAGAUGAUGCUCGCGGAAACAUUGACGAACCGGUCGAGUCCAUCAAUCCACCGAGUAAAUCCGAUGAACCCUCUACGUCGGAAGCAACCCGACCAAAAAGAAGUAUUUCUACACCCGUUACAUAUAAAGCUGAGAAUACAACUUCUGACCAAGAUGAAUAUGAUGCAGAUUUAGCAGAUGAUGGUUUUGACUUUGACGAUGACAACGAUGCAGACUACAUGGAGGAUGUAAAGGAUGUCAAAGCCAAAAUAGUGGAAAUUCCCAAAACGGCGAAACGUAGGGGUCGGCCACCGAAGAAUACAUCGAUUAAGAAAGAAAUUGAUUUGGACGCUUCAAACGAUAAUUUGGGAGAGUGUUCCAAGGAGAGCCUAGGGCGUCAGAAAGCAAGAAAGAAAAAGAAAGCUAGAAAGGAAAGUAGUCGAGAUAAUUAUGAUUCUGACGCAGCCUCCAAUGAAGUCGAUCGAAGAACGAGUGGCAGACGAGCAAGAGAUGAACGUUUGUUUGCACUUAUCACAGAGUUUGUGUGCUAUCUCUGUCCGGAACGUAUUGAAUUCGAUCGUUUCCAUCAUGCCAAUUUGCAUUACCGAGAAUUUCAUAAUGAGCCGGCGUAUUUGAAGUGUUCAAAGUGCGAUCGGAAAUGUUUUACUCCGGGCGGUUUUAUCAAUCAUAUGGAAACCCAUGAUGACCCAGAAAAAAACAAAUGUAAAAUUUGUGGUAAAGUAACCGAUCAAAAGAUUACUCUUAAAAAACAUAUGCGAGCACAUCGUCUUGAGAUGGAAGAGGAAUUGCCAUUCCCAUGCAGACAAUGUCCGCGUCGGUUUGAGUUAGAAAGAGCACGCGACAAGCACGAACGUUUACAUGGCAGAAAAAUUGUGAUAAAGCGAGACAAGGGUCGAGACGAUGAACUUAUCGAAUUUUAUAAGAAGAUUUCGUGCGACAUCUGCGAUGAGGAGAAGAACGACGGUGUUGCGUAUGAAAAUUUUUGGGAUUUAAAAAUACACAUGAUCGGUGAACAUAACAAGACGCCGUAUCUCAAGUGUCCGAUAUGCUUCAAGAAGAAUGUCUGUCGUCAGCAGUUACUGGUUCACGUAGAUGUGCAUGAAAAUCCCGAGCGGUACAGGUGCGAUAUAUGCGGAGAAGUAUUCCAAUUUCUUGAGAAACACAAGUUUAAAGCACACGGUCGUGAGACAGAUCCCAGCGAGAAAAACUAUAGCUGCGAGCAUUGUGGUAAAAUGUUCCGUUGCGUGAUAAAUCUUAAAAAUCAUAUAGAUCGCGUGCAUGCUAUCAAGGAUGUAACUUGUGAUAUCUGCAAUAAACCCUUCAGCAAAAAGGCAAUCAGUGCUCACAAACGGUCAGCUCACACUGAUGAGAUGUUUAUGUGUGAACAAUGUCCAAAAAUGUUCAAAACUCGUAGCGGUCUAGAAUCGCAUAAGAGCGAACACGAUAUAGAGCUACGAAAGCCGGUCAAGUGCGAGCUUUGCGGUAAAGAAAUGCGUCGGGGUGCCAGCUUGACCAAACACAUGAAGGUUAUACACUCACAAGAAGCUCCGGUGAAUUGCAAUAUGUGCGGAAAACAGUUCCGAACCAAGUUUCACAUGGUUCGUCAUCGUACUAAUACUUGCUCUGCGACCAUCAACUCUAGACCAUUCAAGUGUGAGGUUUGUGGUAAAGGAUUUUCUAUGCGUCUUACAAUGACGGAACACAUGACGACUCAUACAAGAACGAGUUUGUAUCAGUGUGCAUUCUGCUUCAAGACAUUUGGGUAUAUCUCCAAUCUAUACAAGCAUCGUAAAAAGGCUCACCCAGAAGAAUGGCAAGAAGUUCAAUCUAGGCCGGAUCAAGGUAUCGCAACAGUAAUUGAAAUAAGAAAUUAAUGUCAAAUACACAGUAAUAAACAUCAAAUUUAUAUAUUAAGUA